AUGGCAGAGAAUCCAGUAUCCCCGCCCCCAGCGGCCGAAGCCGCACCCGCCAUCACGCCCAUAAACCUAAUCCUUCUCUCCCUCUUCGCCAUCCUCGUCUACCUCCGCCUGCGCCCCAAACCCCCCAUGACGCUCCCCAAAGCGCCCGCACCUGUCGUCUUCCAGACCUUCACCCCACCAACCCUGCUCCCCUACAACGGCACCAACGGCCAGCCCGUCUACCUCGCCGUGCGCGGCCGCGUCUUCGACGUCAGCCCUGGCCGCAACUUCUACGGCCCCGGCGGGCCUUAUGCGAAUUUCGCGGGCAGGGACGCGAGCAGGGGCCUGGCGUGCGGGAGUUUCGACGAGGAUAUGCUGACGGGGGAUUUGGAGGGGCCGUUGGAUACGUUGAAGGAUUUGGGAGAGGAGGAGAUGGAGGCGUUGAGGGGGUGGGAGGAGCGGUUCAGUGAGAAGUAUCUUGUUGUGGGGAGGUUGGUGCCGGUGGGGAGUGAGAAGGUGGCGGAGGGUGCGAGGGAGGGGGGCGAGAGUAUCGGUCCGUGA